GGGUUCAUAAAUCUGCCACGCCCACAUGUGUAAUGAUAAGUUACGCACGUACCAUCGCUUUUUUCUGCUCGUCGCGCAUCCAAAGGACGAAGUCCCGCAUCAUCAUAAAAUCAUCUGUACGGAAAUUCAGAAUUUAAAGGGUCAUAUGGUCGGAGCAAGCUAGGAGCUAGGAGUUACUGCUUGGUCAGAGAAGUAUUUCGCUUGUUCAGUAAUGAGUAAACGGAAACACGAUGAAGCAUCGUCUUCGGACGGGAGUGAAUUCACAAAUCCAUAUUCGCCAUUCUCUGCAGAGUUAGCAACCAACAUCAUACAGAAUGGAAAGCUUACAGAUUCCUUCUCAAAGCGGCUGUACCAGUCGAUCGGUCAUCUGGUCGGUCAGAUGGAGUCUGGACUCCGGAGGGACUGCGAUGAAAGUGACCAGUCAGUCUACACAGGAGUCACAGGUAUAUCCCUGUUGUACCUUCACUUGUACACCCUAAACAAAACAGAAGAGUACCUCAGUCGGGGCUAUGAAUAUAUAAAGCGCCCUCUACAGCACUUGAAAGGCCGCAGAGUGACUUUCAUGUGUGGAGAUGCAGGCCCGCUGGCGGUGGGCUGCUUGCUUUAUCACAAAAUGGGCAAGCAAACGGAAGCUCAGCAGUGUAUCGACAAAUUGCAGAGCUUUGUCCGAUUGACCGAGGAUCCAAGCCUUCCUGAUGAACUCCUCUAUGGAAGGGUGGGGUACCUCUAUGCUUUGCUCUUCCUACAGAAGCACCUCGGGGAGGGGAACAUUGAUCCAGGUAUCAUCAACAAGGUAUGCAGAUGUAUCUUAGACUCUGGUGAGAAGCUUGCCAAGAAAGAGAAGUCCAAGUCCCCUCUCCUGUUUGAAUGGCAUAAUAAGAAGUACGUAGGAGCUGCUCAUGGCAUGGCUGGAAUUCUUGCUCUGCUCAUGCAGGUGAAAUCUGACACGGUAACUGGAUCCCUCCCCUCUCUCAUCAAGCCUACCGUAGACUACAUCCUCGAACUCAGAUUUCCUUCCGGUAACUUCCCAUCGUCGCUCGGUAAUCAAUCAGACAAGCUCAUUCACUGGUGCCAUGGGGCUCCGGGCGUGGUCCACAUGCUGCUUCAAGCUCAUAAGGUGUUUGGUGAUGCCAAGUACCUUAGUGCAGCAGUGGAUUGUGGCACAGUCGUUUGGGAGCGUGGCAUCCUACGGAAGGGUUACGGCUUGUGUCACGGAACGGCCGGCAACGCUUACGCUUUCUUGGCCCUCUAUCAGGCUACAAAGGAUGAACAGUAUUUAUACAAGGCGUGUAAGUUUGCAGAAUGGUGUAUGGACUAUGGUAAACAUGGCUGCAAGCUAGCAGACAGACCUUACUCUCUUAUGGAAGGCAUGGCUGGUACGAUUUACUUCUUGUCUGACCUGCUUCACCCAAAUGAUGCAAGAUUCCCCGGCCUCUAUGUCACCUGAAGAAGACUUUAUCAGGUACUGGUGAGUAGUGAAUGCUCAUCUGUAGGUGAAGUCGGCUGCUAGCAGUCUCGAAGGAAGGGCUUAUAUAUCUCCAUUAUUCAAGUAAUGUUCUUGGUGUGGACUUUGUUGAGUAAACUUGAAGUGUAUCUUUCACGCUUGUGCCACCAAGGUUUGAAUAGUUAUACAGUCAAACCUGCCCUUGUGGCCAUCUCUCCAUUAAGUCCACCUGUCUAUAGUGGUCAUGUAUUUUGUCUCCCUCCAGGAUGAAAUGUAUGCUGUAGAACCUGUCUAGAAAGGCCACUUGUCUACAGGUACUACUUUCCCUGUUUCCGUUGGGUGACAUCAAUAGUCGGGUUUGACUAUAUAUUAAAGCCUCUCUGCACUAGUGUGGCCAGGAGGGAUUAGACCUCCCUACAUGGUCACUGACAGGUGGUUAUCUCAUCAAAUCAGCUCUCAAUUAACAUAAGAAAAAAGGGGUCCAUGGGGACCAACGAUCACCGCUUAGGCAUUGUUUGCUAUAUAGAGGACGCAAGUAGCUAUAAGUAGUGCAGUGGGGCUUUAACUUUAAACACUUUGUUUCAUUGAUAACUGGAGCAUAGGAUAUCUUCCUUGGAAAGAAACUUCACAAUGACGGCACCUGUUUCAGGAAGAAAGGCAUAGCCAUUCUAAGGUAGCUUUAAUAAGGAAAUGUAGUGGCUCAAAAGUCCAGAAUGCAAAGUGCGUAAUAGCUACUGAUAUUUGUCAAUGAGAAGAUCGUUUUGACAUACCUGAAUGAAUAAAUUUUACUUUUUCAGUCUACCCUAGCUGAAGCUACACUGGGUAUUACCAUUCAAGAGGUCAGAGACAGAUUUGCUAAAAAUUAUAUUCACUGAAAAACACAUGAGACCCUAUGUUUCACUUAUGAGGCUAAUGAGUCAGGUCUUUUUUUAAUUAUUUAUAGUAUUGUUUUUUGUUGUUGCUCAUUACUCAUUCUGUUCUACAGUUUCUAGUUAUUGAUUUCG